AUGGAUGAUAUCUUCUGUGUGACCGAUCGCGAAAAUUGCAUCCUACAGACACUGAAAUCGUUUAACGAAGCACAUCCAUCACUGAAAUUCACUGUAGAGGUUGAAACGGACAAUCUAUUGGAAUUUCUGGAUGUAGCCGUGACGCGAAUGCAAGUGAAAGACAAACUGCCGAAACUGACCUCAUCCACGAUAAUUUACUCUUUUAAGUGCGUUUGUGGCGCAUGUUACAUAGGUCGUACGCUAAGGCGUUUGUCUCAGCGCGUUAAGGAGCACCACCCACGAUGGUUAAGUCAGGGGAAAACUGGCUGCAUCUCAAGCGCGAUCGUGGGGCAUCUCGUCGACACCGGGCACAAGAUCGAACAGGAGAAAGCUUUCGAUAUUGUUUAUCGUAUUCCACUCAAUCGAUUGAAGGUGGCCCGAGUUCGGACACUGGCCAUGGCCGAGGCGAUCGUCAUUGGCUUACUAGGCCCUAACCUGUAUGCUCUAAAACGACUAGUGCAGGUGCUCCAAUUGCCUUGGCCGGGUGUGAAAACAAAGACAGAACAUGACCCAGCUGGGGAAAGAUCACAUCAACUAAUACGCUAA